CUCAGUUUCGCUGCGCGCUUGGCAUCGUUCUCGUGUGGAGAGCUCGAGAGGAGCUCGCACUGGUUCUCAAUCUGUAAACCCUAACCCUAAUUCUUUCAUCAAUUCGGAUGGAUAUCACCGCUAAACUCCGUGGAGUUGAUCUCCGAUCUAGUGUUCUCCCUGGCGGUGCGCUUUUACCCGCGGGAAACCCUAGAAUUCUGCACAAAUUGGCUCCAUUUUCGGCUUUUCCUGCUCAAUCGCGGAGAUUUCGUGCGUCUUUGGUGAAAAAGGUUAGUUUUUGUGCUGCUAGAAGGAGAGGAGCGAUUGCUCGAGCUGUUGCUGUUGAGACUUCUGUUAUUGAGACGCAGGACGAUAUUGAGUCUUUGUUCUCUGAGAGCUCUUCCGGCGAUGCGGCGGCGAAGAGGCAGGGAAAGAAGAAGUCUAAUUCUGGGGCUUCUAGUGUUUCCUCUGGGAUUCGGCUGGAGAACAUCAGUAAGAGCUUCAAAGGUGUUACUGUUCUCAGAGAUGUCAGCUGGGAGGUGAAGAAAGGGGAGAAGGUUGGGCUGGUGGGUGUUAAUGGUGCUGGGAAAACGACGCAGCUUCGGAUCAUUGCUGGGUUGGAUGAGCCGGAUUCGGGGAAUAUUGUGAAAGCCAGGGAGAAUAUGAAAAUAGCGUUUUUGAGCCAGGAAUUCGAGGUUUGUCCUAGCAGGACGGUAAAGGAGGAGUUUUUGAGUGCGUUUGCGGAGGAGAUGGAGAUUGCGGAGAGGCUGGAGAAGGUGCAGAAUGCGCUGGAGAAGACCACUGAGGACUUGAAUUUGAUGGGGAGGUUGCUGGAUGAGUUGGAUUUGCUGCAGAGAAGGGCACAGGAUCUUAAUUUAGAUGAGGUUGAUAUGAAGAUCAGCAAAUUGAUGCCAGAGCUUGGUUUUGCUCCUGAGGAUUCGGAUAGGUUGGUUGCUUCAUUUAGUGGCGGCUGGCAGAUGAGGAUGUCUCUGGGGAAAAUUCUUCUUCAGGAACCUGAUCUGUUGCUCCUUGAUGAACCCACAAAUCACCUUGAUCUUGAUACUAUCGAAUGGCUUGAAGAAUACCUCAAUAAGCAAGAUGUUCCAAUGGUUAUCAUAUCCCAUGAUAGGGCCUUCCUUGAUCAAUUGUGCACGAAAAUUGUGGAAACUGAUAUGGGAGUAUCCAGGACAUUUAUGGGGAAUUAUUCUGAAUAUGUUAUAGCAAAAGCUGCAUGGGUGGAAGCGCAGUAUCAAGCAUGGGAAAAACAGCAGAAGGAGAUUGAGCAUACAAAAGACUUGAUAAGCAGAUUGGGAGCUGGUGCUAACUCUGGACGUGCUUCUAGUGAAGAAAAGAAAUUGGAAAGACUUCAAGAAGAAGGGCAAAUUGAGAAGCCUUUCCAGAGAAAACAAAUGAAGAUCAGGUUUCCUGAACGUGGAAGAAGUGGUAGAACUGUACUAAUGCUUAAGAAUUUGGAAUUUGGAUAUGAGGAUGAGGUUUUGUUCCACAAGGCAAAUCUAUUAGUUGAAAGGGGUGAGAAAAUAGCUAUUAUUGGCCCAAAUGGAUGUGGGAAGAGUGCAUUGCUUAAGCUAAUCAUGGGUCUUGAGAAACCCAGAGGAGGAGAAGUUUUGCUCGGGGAACAUAAUGUGCUACCAAAUUAUUUUGAACAGAACCAGGCAGAAGCGCUUGAUUUAGAUAAAACAGUACUUCAAACAGUGGAAGAAGCUGCAGUGGACUGGAGAAUUGAUGAUAUAAAGGGUCUUCUUGGUAGAUGCAACUUCAAAUCUGACAUGCUUGACAGAAAGGUCAACCUUUUAAGUGGUGGGGAGAAGGCACGACUUGCUUUUUGCAAGUUCAUGGUGAAGCCGUCGACGUUGCUUGUUUUAGAUGAGCCAACCAACCAUUUGGAUAUACCAUCCAAAGAGAUGCUUGAGGAGGCAAUAUCAGAAUAUCAGGGCACUGUCAUUACUGUCUCUCAUGAUCGGUACUUCGUAAGACAGAUAGUUAAUAGGGUAGUGGAGGUGAAGGAUAAAGGCCUUAGUGACUAUGCAGGCGACUAUAAUUAUUAUUUGGAAAAGAACCUCGAGGCUCGAGAGAGAGAACUUUCACGCGAAGCAGAGCUUGAAGAGAAGGCCCCUAAAGCCAAAGCCAAAUCAAAGAUGUCAAAGGAGGAAAAAGAAGCCAGGAAGAAACAGAAAAUUCAAGCCUUUCAACAAGCAAAGGCGAAAUCGAAAGGUCUGAAGAAUGCAAAGAGGUGGAAAUGAGUAUUGAGAAUCACCGUAAUUACUUGACCUUGCCUGCAAAAGGGAAAGAGCUUAGCCAUUGUACAUAAACACAUAGCAAAGUUAUUUGAAACCCGCAGCAAAUACAGAACAAGCAUUGCUCAUGUAGUUGAAACUUCUUCGAUCAUUUGUUUUCCGUGUUGAAUAUUUAUCGGCAAAAUGUGUGUCAUAGCUUUGCAAAGUUGUUGAAGAUUAGCAAAGCAUGGGCCAUUCACAAUUUAUGUUCUUUGUCGAUGUUUCUUCUUUCGAUCAACUAUGUAUUAUUUUCUAACUACAGACAUUGGCCUGAAAUGCAUUGAUGAAAUGAUAUGUUCUAUGUUAUCUUGAA